AUGCUGGGAGUACCACCGCACAGCCCCAGCGCCGACCCCGAACCCUACUGGACACCACAGCCACAAGGACCCAGGCCUGCCAAGCGCCGCCGCCUCCACGAGCCCCAGGAGCCACUCAGCCUGGAAGAGCCCGCAGGGUCCUCCAGAGAUGCAUCGACCUCUAUGGUGAUCCUGGCCACCGGCAGUGCCCUGCAGCUGCAGCUGGAUGGCGUCGAACUGCUGCUGGAACUGGAAGCCACCUCGGUCCUGGAAGUGGAGCUCCCUGAACACACCAUCAUCCUGGUGCCCGAGGGCCUCCAGGCUUCAGACCAUCUUGGACAGCCUGGGUUCUUCUCCGCCAGCCCGCAGGGGGGCGCUGGCCUGGAAAUGCCAGAGGAGGACCUGCUAGUCCUCCAGCUGGUACCCUCCUGUGAGUUCAUUCUAGAAAUUUCCUACCAAGAGGAAUCCUAUGAUGAGGAUGAGGACUCUGGCUCCCUGUCACCCUGGAUGGAUUCUCCAGCUGGUCAGGCAAGUGAGCACUUUUCCUCCACCAACAGGAUGCCCAGUCCUUGGCCUCAGGGCCACAUCCCAGAACCAUAUCCUUCAGGGCCUUCCCCUAAUGCAGAGCCAUAUUCUCCAAGGUCUGUCUGGGACCAGGACAGCUACCUGCUGGGACCCUUCCCCAGCUCACCCUUGCAGCCUCUGCCUCCAUCUCCUCCUCCAAGGCCCCAAGAGCAGCGCCCUCCAUCCUCUCCGAGGUCCCCAUGCAAGGCCAGGAAGAGACUGUUCUGUGAAUGAACUGCCCUCCACCAAUCCUGAUGCCCCUCAAAUGAGAGAUUGGCUCCCAGCACCAUCGUGAGUGCCUCUGCACAGCCUACAAGGUUAGAAGGGCACUCUUGUUUAUGAAUUGGGCAGAAUAUUGGAUUGUUGGUUGCUAGAAUGUCUGGAAGGAAGAUCAUCGCCUCCAGAUCACGUGCUGGUUGACACUUGCCUGCAUUUGCUCUUUGACUUGACUGCUUCCUUAGACUUUUUCUAUACAGAAGUCACCCUCGGGCAGCUCCAGCAGUGCAGUCCUGAUCUGCCUGCCUCUGCCGUUUGUGCUGGGAUUAAAGGCGUGUGUGCCACCUCUACCCAGCUCAUGUUAUUUUUUUUUUAAACAAAUGGGGCUUUUGAUUGUCGUGGGGGUUGUUUGGGGGUUUAUUUUGAUUUUGCUUUAGGAAGAGUUGGUUUUACCUUUUCUUUCAACAAGAAAUAAGUCUUUUCAUCUCAUUUUGUAUAUUUUUAAUCUAGUUCUCCAGCUCCCAGGGUCACAAUUUGAAUGUUACAAUAAUUUGUUAUAAGACUAUUUUGUUAGAAUAAUUAGAAGAUCUCAAAUUUAUGUUUUUCAUUGUAACUUGAGUAUAGAUAUGUCUUAUGUUGAUUUGAUAUCCAACAAAAUUUAUUAAUUUCUUUAGUAAUCUUAUGUACCUUCUUUUGGAGGUUUGAUAAAAACAAUAUCUCUACUGAGAAAUUAGAGACCUUUGACAUAUCUAAAACAUUUAUUUUUCCUUAACAUUUACUAUGAAAUUAUUAAGUAAAAUUGAAGUGUUUUUGUUAGGGACUUUCCUAUGAUAUAGAAUGCAAUUACUUAAAUUUUAUAAGAGAAUGUUAAUGUUUCUGUAUAUAGUUGUUAGAUAGUCUUUGUCCUGUUGAAGAUGUUACUUUAUAAUGUUUCAGAUCAUAAAAUAGUGAGAUUCUUUGGUUUUGGUUUUGGUUAAGUACUAAGACUUUGUCAAAAUGUUGGAUUAAAAAUUUAAUAAAAUUGUUUUUCAAAAACUUGUGUAUUAGAGUACCUUCAUGUAUGAGCUAUGUUAAGCCCUGAGUCUUUGGCAAACACACAAAAACACAGUUAGAAAACACAUGAGACCGGGGUUGGGGCUAAGGAGAUUGUAACACUUAGGUUCAGAUACUUGAGCAGAGAUGGUUAGCAGCAGAAAUGAUGGAAGAAUUGUCUUAUGGUGUCACAUGGUAACAUUUAAGAAGUUUUUGUUUUGAGCAUGGUGUUCCAUGGUGUCUUUUCCAUUAGUCCAUGCUGACAGAACA